AUUUAACACUAUAUUAGAUAAGCCUUAUAAAUAGUGAAAGGGAGGCUAUUUCCCAUGAUUUAGCCUCAUUUAUUUGUAGAUUUUAGUGUAAAUUAUUCUCUGAGAUGGGAAGGAGGAACAAAGCACUUUUUUGAUUUUUUUUACCGUCAUGAAUAAUCUUACUCAAAACAACAACAAUUCUAAUCAAUUUAAAGAUAAUUCUUGCCAAUUAGUUAAUAAUCCUGAAAAGUCUAAUACCACUGUUAAGGAUUGUACUAUAGUUGGCAAGACUCAGAAACGACACCCUUCAAUUGGUUCUAAGUCAAGGUCUGGUGACCACAAACCCAAGAACUCUUCACAGGCUAAAUCUAGGGAAAGUGACCCCUCCGCAGUCAUUAAGGCUAUUGGAUCAUACGUCCAGUGCAAUAUUUGUACUAAACUCUGUUCUCGGAAUGGUCAUAUCAAAUGCGCCGAGUGUAUCGAUUUCAAUAUUUGUCUAAAAUGCUUUUGCUCAGGGCUAGAACGCCCUGACGAUGAAGUGCUUGCCAGCUCUUUUGUUAAUGUUUCUUCUAAAGAUCAUGAAGAACACCAUAAUACCCAUAAAUACAUACCCGUCGGACCUUCCAACUUUGCACUUUUUUCCAGAGAUUGGUCAGCGGAGCAGGAGUUAUUACUUGUGGAUGCAAUUGCCAAGUAUGGACUUGGUAAUUGGACGGAAGUAUCUAAUAUGGUGACAAUGUCCCAUUCUGGAUAUAAAACUGAAGAGGAAUGUGAAACCCACUAUUAUCAAUAUUAUCUCAACUCACCUACAGGACCCCUUCCAGACACAUCGAAUUUGGUAUAUGGUGAUGACGGAAAACCUUUAAUGGUACCUUUUCGAGGACCCAGACCACUUCAAGAUAAACCUAAACCAGUAACGAGUAAUAAACCACAAACUAAACCUCAAAUAAUUGGAUAUUGGCCUCUGAGGGGGGAUUUUGAUAUAGAAUAUGACAAUGACGCUGAACUUAUCCUAGCAGAUAUGGAAUUCAGACCUGAUGAUACGCCCGAACAAAUAGAACUUAAACUUAACGUUAUUGAAAUUUACAACUCUAAACUUGAUGAACGCAUUUAUCGCAAAAAAAUUAUUAUAGAACGCGGAUUGUUGGAUACUAAAUCGUUACAGCAGAAGGAACGGAAGUAUACAACAGAGGAGAAGGAGUUGUAUAAUUUAUUCCGCCCAUUUUUACGUUUCCAAACCCCAGAGGAACACGACCAUACAAUCCAACUUAUUGUAAAGGAACGAAAAUUAAGAUCAAGACUUUAUCAACUUAUGGUCUGGAGAACUUUAGGACUAGAAACUGCUGAUGAUAUUAAGAAAUAUGAAGAUAAAUUACAGAGAAUUGAGUUUUUUAAAGAUGCUCUGGAAAAACAGGAUUCAGAUCCUUCCAGAAGACAUGAAAGAAGAUUAAGAGCUUCAAAUAAUGAAACUGAAGUAAAUAUGAAUAAUGCGAAUAGAAUAAGGUUAUCAGAUUUUAUUGAUGAGAAUGAAAUUGAGUUUUGUGAGUCGUUACACCUGCCACCAAUAGCAUAUUUUUUGGCAAAGAGAGUUUUAUUGCAAGAAUUAGCAUCAAACAACAUUUAUUCAGUGGACGAUAUGUGUAAUGAACUUAGAAUUGAUGGGACCAAACAGGGUAGAAUAUUUGACUUUUUGUUAAUGCUAUCGCCGAAGGCGUUAAGAAAUAUGGAACAAGACGUAGCAGAUCUUACGAAGGUAAAGUUGGAUAAAAACGGCUUAGUCGACACCUCAAAUGUGGCUGCUCAAAUCACGGUUGAUACGUCAACUUCUUUAGAACUCCUUAAGAAAUUAUCGACACCUACAAAUAAGGAGCUGGAACCCGAGCCAAAAUCACCUCACAGUAAUAAAUCCAGUAAAUCCUCAACACCCAGUGAAAAAAAUCUAAAAAAACAAAAACUACAAUAACUCUUUUAAUGUUUUAUCAAACUA